AUGGCCGAGCCGGAACAAAGGAAUAAAGAGAACUGCAUCGUAGGACCGAAAGAAACGAUGGUGAAGCAAGAAAAGCGUGAGAACACAUUGACGAAUGGCGGGAAGGGAUCUGGCGAUGACGCGGACAGUCUCGAAGAAUUGCCACUCGAUAUAGGCGAACACUAUCUCGUUCGCAGAUCCGACGAAUCUUGGCAUCCGGCAGAGAUUAUUCAGACUCGAUAUAAUGAGAGUGAAAGUCACUAUGAAUAUUAUGUACAUUACGAAGGACAUAACAGAAGAUUGGAUGAAUGGGUGCCUAGAGAUAGAAUCAUGUCAAGCAGAUUUGACAUGAGCGAUAGAAGUUGGAAAAGUGGAGACAGAAACUCUGGUACUGACUUGUUGGCAGAUUCUUCUGAUCGUAAAAUUACAAGAAAUCAAAAAAGGAGACAUGAUGAAAUUAAUCAUAUUCAAAAGGAAAGUAUGAAAUUGAUACCUGGUAUUUUAGUCCAUAUCCAGAAGAAUAUGGGAAACAACCAAAGCUGUGGAUUUGUGAAUAUUGUCUUAAAUAUAUGCGCCUUGAAAAAACUUACAGAUAUCACAUGAGUGAAUGCACGCAUAGACAACCAGUUGGAAAAGAAAUAUAUCGUAAAGGCACAUUGAGCAUUUGGGAAGUCGAUGGUAGAGAGCAUAAAAUUUAUUGUCAAAAUUUAUGCUUACUCGCAAAAUUAUUUUUAGAUCAUAAAACACUUUACUUUGAUGUAGAACCAUUCCUUUUUUAUAUUCUUUGUGAGGUUGACAAACAUGGAGCUCAUUUAGUUGGUUAUUUUUCAAAGGAAAAGGAAUCACCUGAUGGCAACAAUGUUGCUUGUAUUUUAACUUUACCACCGUUUCAAAGGCAAGGAUAUGGAAAACUACUAAUCGCUUUUAGUUAUGAAUUAAGUAGAAUAGAACAAACUGUUGGUAGUCCUGAGAAACCAUUGAGUGACCUAGGAAAAUUAUCAUAUAGAAGUUAUUGGAGUUGGAUACUUUUAGAAAUUCUGCGAGAUUUCCGGGGUACUCUUAGCAUUAAAGAUCUGAGUCAAAUGACAAGUAUAUCACAAACAGAUAUUAUAUCGACACUGCAAAGUAUGAACAUGGUAAAAUACUGGAAGGGACAACACGUAAUCUGCGUAACACCUAAGUUAGUCGAAGAACACAUUAAAAGUAGUCAGUAUAAGAGACCACGUUUAACAGUGGACAGUAGUGCACUUAGAUGGGGUGCUCCCCCACGAAAAAAUGUAAAGCCUGGCAAAAAGUAG